AUGUACGGCGACAUUGAGGACCUCGUUCUUUCAGGGAGGCUCUUCGCCCCGCCCUCCCGCUCGAACUCUCCCGUUCGCUCCCGGUCCCCUUCUCCCGGCCCCGAACCAUGGCAUCCUGAGGCGGACGACUUCGAAUACGACUCGGACGCCGAGCGGCGCGCAGAGAUUGAGGCGCACAUCGCAUCGCAGCAGCAGGGCGAGUCCAUCGGCAUGGGCCCGGGACGCACGGGUGUGAAGGGCGUGAUCCGCGACAAGCGUGAGGCGGAGAGUCUUGCGCGCGCGAAGCGCGCCGAGGAGGUGCGGGAGCUCAACCGCGCGAUGGAGAAGGCGAGCUUGGGCGGAAAGACGUGGGCGGAGGAGGAGAAGGAGCGGCUGGUAGCACUGAGACGCCUGGAGGGGCCGUCGUCGAGGGGUGCGAGGAGUGGACGGUACGGACACCUGCGCGAGGUGGGCGUGAGGAGCUACGUGCAGGCCGUGGAGGAGGAUAGGGAUGUUUGGGUGGUCGUGCACAUCUAUGAUCCGUCAUUAGACAGAUGUGCGACAGUGGAUGAGGCGUUGUCUCGUCUCGCGCGGACAUAUCCAUACACCAAGUUCCUUCGCGCGCGUGCAGGCGCGAUCGGGUUCGCGUCGAGCGCGGCUUCUAAGCCUGAUCUCCUUAAAACCUCCUUGGCUUCCACACGUUUUCCAUCCAGUGGAGUAGUUGUCGGCCGUCGAAUACAGGAAAAGGAUGAGUUCUUUGACGAUGACGGAGAUGAGCAAGGUGGCGCCGAUGAUGACGAGGAAGACGAGGGCGAGGACGGACAGUGGGAGGACGAUGAGGUCGAUACUGACGUCCUACCGACACUCUUGGUAUAUCGCGGUGGCGAGCUCAUGCAUUCAUGGGUGCGCGUGGACUGGGAGGCGAAACAGGGUAUUGAGGAGCUUCUGAAGCGACACGACAUCUUGACUUCUCCUCGGCACCACGGUGGCACCGAUGGAAACCUCAAUCUAUCCGACGACGAAUUCAGCGACGAUGGCGAAGAGCUCGUUUUUGGCAACAGCGAUGACGAGCGGUAGCUUAUACCCUACAUUUCUUGAAUACUGUGUCACCUGCAACUGGUUGUAGC